GCUCAUUCAAACGUUUAACCAUGUUCUUCUUCUUUGUCUUUUUUGCUGCUAUAUGCGCACUACACGUUCAUCCAUCAUGUGGUGGUGGCCAACAAGAGCUAACAGCCUUGGUGAAAGGCGGCACAGCAUCAAGUUCAAUUCGAUUUAUUAAUGCUGCAUUUGAAGAGUCCAAAACUGCAUCGAGUGGCAAAAAGGUGUCUGCAAUAUUUGAGUGUUCUUCAAUUGAUGCCGUUCCAUUAGACCCAAAAGCAAUAUUUUCGUUGCUCAAUCGACUUAAUCUCUUUGUCGCUAAAAAUCCAUAUCCGGUACUUCAAGUCAAUUUGAAUAUAUUUUACAAUGCACUGAAAACCUUUCCAACAAUGAUGGCAACAUUCAAAAAAACCAUGCAAGAUGCCAAGCUAUGCUGUGAAUUAUACCAAAAAACCCAAGAAACAUUGAUGAAUGCUAUGGAAUCAAAUGAAGAAAAGCUCAAACUAAAAUUGAAGAAAAUUUCCCAAUUUGAAACUAAAUUAUUUUAUAAACUUUUCAUGCCAGUGCCAUCGACGGCACAGCUUUUACAGUUGACAAUCGAAACAUAUAUAAAAGAUAUUGCAAAAAUCAUCAACAAAAUGAAUCAAAUUAACAACGCCAGACAAGCGGAUAAACCGAUAUAUGCGGCCGAAUUAGACUCAAUGUUGGAACUUUUUGCUCGAGAUGAUGUAAAAUUUAUUAAAACACUUAAUGACGAUGUAACCAGACUUGGAAACGAAAAAUGUCCAGACAUUAAAAAGCACUUUAACGGCCUCUAUUGAAGAAUCACUCUGAAGCAAUCCUUCAACGAAAUGACAGGUGCUAUUGAAUACAUCAACAUAUUUGUCAAUAAAUGAAUUUUCAAUUAAA